GUCCUUUCCGCUGUGCUUGUGCCACGCGCUGUCAUCGCCACAAUGCCUCGAGGAUUCUUGGUAAAGAGACACCGGCGAGGCUCGGCGUCAUACCGGUCACGGAGCAACAACAACAACCCGGAGGGUGACCGGAACGGCGGCGGCGGGGGGUACAGCUGUGAAGCGACCGGAGCAGAGAGCCACGUGCUCAGUGUUUUCCCGUUUCAGCGGCAGGACGGAGAGUUCCCAGUGUCCCGCGAGGACUCCGCUGGUGUCAGGGAGGCGUGGAGCCCGCACGUGGAGUCCGCUCUGGAGGCAGAGGCGGACCGGCGCGCGCAGUUACCUGAGAGCGAGUUGGACGCUUUGAGCCCCGACGGUGACUUCUCUUGCUUCUUCCCGCCGCCGCCUCCGCCACUCACAGACUCCUGCAGCCCCGUUAAACCGGUUGGCACGAGACUUCUUGAGCAGCGCGAGGAAGGAGAAAAACAGCUGCUGUUCACGGGCAGGUGUCUGCCGUCCUCCCCAGUACCCGACCUGCCGGACCUGCCGUUCCUGGUCAGCUCCACGCCGACCUCGGUGUCCGCCUCCAUCGAGAGGAUCCUCGCGAGCAGCAGCCGCCACCACGCGCCGUCCUACGGUCACGGUGACAAGUAUGACCCUCCCCACGUGCACCUGUUCCCGCAUCUCACCGUGAUGAGCCAGGAAGUGGCGAGGAAACGCUCGUUCCUCGAGCCGAGCAGCAGCAGACACAGCAAACAGUCUGCGUGCAGCAACCCCACGAAAAAACCCAAAGUGAACCGGAAGCUGAACUUCGAGGACGAGGUCACGACCUCCCCGGUUCUGGGUCUGCGCAUCAAGAAGGAGAGCCCCGAGCUGCGGAGGCACCGGGAGAAGUCGUCCGGCCCCGGCGGGAAUCAGCCGCUGGGGGAGUUCAUCUGCCAGCUGUGCAAAGAGGAGUACCCCGACCCCUUCUCCCUUGCGCAGCACAAGUGCUCCCGCAUAGUGCGUGUGGAGUACCGGUGCCCCGAGUGCGACAAAGUCUUCAGCUGCCCGGCCAACUUGGCCUCUCACCGCCGCUGGCACAAGCCGCGCCCGGUGAGCAGCCCGGCAGGUGAGACCCCGACCCCCAACAAGAACCUUUCGCUCAAAGAGGCACGAGGGCUCGCUCAGCACGAGAGGCCGCCGGUGGAGUUGGAGGGCAAGGAGAACGAGCUGCUGCGCGUGAACACCAAUCAGCACCACGCGGCGCUGGACAGCUCCCGCAUGAGGCGCGAGCAGUCUAAGCUGCUGCUCCACGCGCGGUCCCGGGACAGCCCGGACGGCGACGGCCUCGCGCCUCCCCGCUACGACUCCUCUUCGCGUUACCGGAACCCGGCCGAGAGCUGCCUGGACCUGCAGCCGCAGGUGAGAGCCGCGGACAGCCCGCCGUCCAGUCUCCUCGUGCUGAACCCAGAGGAGCGCGCGGACCUGCCCCAGCAGCAGCUUCCGCCUCUGCCGUUUGUUCAGUCGUUACCGGAGGAGGUGUACGAGUGCCGGUAUUGUGGGAAGAAGUUCCGGCGGCAGGCUUACCUGAAAAAACACCUGGCCGCGCACGAGAUGACAUCGCGAGCGUCUCCGCCCGCUGCAUCUUACGGCCAAGCGCGCGAGCCCAGUUCCGGACAGAGCCAGGUGUGCCUUUGUCACCUGUGCGGCGCGCGCUUCCCGUCGGUCGAAAUCAGGGACAAGCACCGGCUGUGGCACGCGAUGAGGGACGAGCUGAUGGCGGAGACUCUGGGAGGAGGACGCAGAGGGGACGUUUUCCACGCGCACAGAGAGGAGAGCGGUGGCGGGGAGUGCGACCACCAGCAGCAGCAGGAGCAGCAACAGAUCUUCACGUGCAAACACUGCCCCUCCACUUUCUUCAGCUCCCCGGGACUCACGAGACACAUCAACAAGUCUCACCCCACUGAGAACCGGCAGGUGAUGCUGCUGCAGAUGACCGUGCGGCCGUGAGUCGCGCGCAAAACUGUGGUUUGGAAAAGAGGGGGAAAAAGUUUAUUUAUCAAGAAGUCCUUUCAGAAGCAAGUCUCGCCACUCGGUAGCCAUCUUGGUAACACCUCCGGGCACUUAUUUUAAAAUAUUGAAUUAAUUUUAAUGGUCACCUGGACACAAAAACUGCUCGUAGAUACUAAAAUCUGAUAAAAUAACAUCUCAAAAUGUCUUUUUUUCCCUCUCCCACAAAGCUAUCAAUCUACCACAAACCUCUGAUUGAUUCUUCUCUGGGUGCUUAAAUAACACAUUUAUAGUUCUGCUGAAGUAUAUUUGGACUAUAUGCUAUGAGUAAAAGAUGCUGAAGAUGACCUGUAACUGUCCAAGGUGCUGAAACCCUGCCUGGAAACUGGCUUCUACACAACCAUCCUAGCUCGCUUUUCCUUAAAGGGAAAAGAGGAUAUUUUAAGUUACCGGACAAAACAAAUAAUCCAGAAUAAUGUUAACCGAUUAAAUUAUUUCUUCUUAUUACUUACAGUUCAGCUUUUCUUGCAAAUAACCUGGCACUAAAGCUCAUUAAUGGCACCACCAGAGUGAGUAAAACGGGCCCAACAGCCAGUCAUUUUGAACUUGGCAUUUGUUUUUAUGUUCACUAAAGCUUAGGAGUGUAACCAUAAUGGGUGAUCUUCCUCCUUCUCAUCCUAAAAAACUAAAUUUUCAAACCACAAAUGUACAGAGAUCAAUGAAUAAGAGUAAAGAGAAAACAAUCAUUAAUUUCUCAGCUAUAAAAUAUUUUCAUACAGAAAUGAAACAGUUAAUGUUAUACUGCUAUUAAAAAAAGGUCUUUUGUCUUUGAUUAUUCAUGUUGAGAUAUUUGCUAAAUGCCUUUAUGAUGCUAAAAAUGUAACGUGUGGUUCUAUGAAGACUGUACGGUCCUAUUUUGAUAUGGCUGAAUGUGAAACUAAUGACACAAUUGUGAAUAAAUGUGAGUAGAGUCCAAUCAACACUGCGCUGUCAGCC